AUGUCGGCGUACGAUGUUUUGAGGUCUGGCCGAGAUACUGUACGGUUAUCUCGAGCUUCAAUGCUGGAUUUAUUUCAAUCCGCGUUUAACAAUAACAACAAUCAGGACGAUUCAAAAACAUAUGGAGUUGUAUACAAGGACCAACAAUCAUCACUCAACGACUAUACUGGUAAAGGAAUCGAGCUAUUGGAUAAGAUCGCUACAUAUGCCAAGGAGCGUGCUGCUAUUGAAUUCGAAUACAGCAAGAAAUUAAAGGAACUUUCCAAAAAGUCGAUGAUUAAGAUGAAGCAUGAAAAUGAAUUAUGGAAUUCAGUGUCAUACGUAAAGGGCUACCAUGACGUAAUAAUGGGAAUUGUCCCAAUUGCCACUCAACAUGAAUUGAUCGGAGAAAGCUUGAAAUCGAACGUUGUUGCGUUUGCAACUACAAAAAUAGCAGAGUAUCGACAAGCAAAAAAACAACUUGAGACUGAUAAUCGUAAUAUGACGAAUCAUUUGAACAGCGUUAUUGGAGAAAUGGUGAAGGCGCAAAAGGAAUAUGGAAAAUCUUUCAAAGAAACUGAAGCAGCGUUGUUAAAAUAUGCAAAAGCAGAGAAGAAUAUGGAAAUUUCCAGACUGGAGUUAGAAAAAACUAAAAAUAAUUAUCAGUUGAAGUGCAAGAUGUUGGAGGAAUCGAAACAAACAUAUGCCACAAUGACUAUGAAAGCAAAUGAAGAGCAGGAUGAACAUUUUGAUAGAAAGCUUCCUCAGCUUCUGGAUCAUUAUAAAACAUUGCACACUAAUCGUGUUCUAGACACAAUUGAAGCUUUAAACAAGUGUGUUGAAAGCGAAGCAGCUGUUAAUUCCGUUAUUGCAAGCUGUCAUCAAGAUAUGCGUCGAGAUAUCGCAAAAGUGGAUCCAGCUCGUGAUGCAAAUCUUGUCGUGGAGAAUAUGAAAUCCGGUCACCCGCGACCGCGCUCAUUCACUUUUGAAGACCUUGGCCACCCUGAGUCAUUCCUUGCAGGCGGCGGAUCGCUUGAUAGCAUCGAUGCAACUCUUAAGAAAGGCACACUUCUUAAUAGAAAAGAUGGGAAAGGAGUGGCGCGUAAACAAUCCAUGCACCAAAAAUUUUUUGGUGGCAGUGAUAAGAAGAAUGACAGCGGCGAUUACGGGACACUUCCGCCGCAGCAGCGGGCAAGGAAAUUAGCUAGUAAAAUUAAUGAGCUCGAAAAAGAAAGAGAUCGUGCGGUUCAAAGUCGUGAAGGCGUCACCAAAAUGCAAGCGGCCUAUAGGGAAAAUCCGAAAUUGGGAAAUCCCAGUGAUUGCGAUCCGCAAUUAAUGCAAUAUACUCGGGAAAUUGAUGCAUUGUCAAACCAAAUUCAAAAGUUCCGACUUAUUCUUGACGACGUAAAUUCACUUCUAGGAAACACUGGAGGAAGUGUUGGUGGCAGCGAUACUCCACCAUCUGUUCGAUCAGUGUCUUCAGCCUCCAGCGGAGUAACUUCAAGGGCAAAUACUAUACAUGACACCAAUCGAACAAAUCGGCGGUUGAGUUUCACUGGAAGUGGAGGAAGUGAAGAGCCAGUGGUUAAUGGAAAUGGAAAUGGAAAAGAUGAGCUUUAUGAGGAAUGCUCAAUUCCCGUGCUUGGAAAAGCAGUUGCUCAAUUUAACUUUGACGGAGCUCAGGAAGGAACUAUACGAAUUGAUGCUGGCGAGGAGCUCUUAUUGAUUGAAAAGGAUGAAGGGGAUGGUUGGACGCGUGUGCGAAAAACUGACAACUCAAUGGAUGGAUUUGUACCAAGUUCCUAUUUGAAGGUGACAUGGUUAGACGGGAACUAA